AAUUGUCCAGAUAUCAUUGAUUCCACUUUUCCCAUUUUUUCCUUGUCUCGCUCUUCGGAUGAUAUGACCGUCUGAGCUCAGAGGUCACCUCAUCAAUCGGAGAAAUUUCGGAACACAAGUUAGCCCUAGUUUCAUUCCAAAAAUGUCGACAUUAUGAUUUCAUCAUUGGGAGAUGAUCUCAAUAUACGGCGGGGAUGUGCUGUGAAAAAUUAUGGGAAAAGUUUUGUGGGUGAGGGAGGGGCCUGAUUUGAACUCCUGGUUUGAUUGUCUUUGAAUUUACGAUUUCGCGUCACCACCAACCCCACCAGCUGUCAGAAGCCGAGGCUGUCGUCGCUGACGUCCCCACUCCGCUAACCUCUCUCCUACCUCAUGCCUCCACUCUUCUAGGGUUUGGGUUGCCGCACUAUGGAGAUUCCACCACCAGAUCCGCCAGUUUCCCCCGUCAGAGAUAGGAAUCCCGAAAUGGAGAUUCCGCAGUUCCUCGACGAGGCUUCCGCUGCUUGGGAAUGGGGGAAUCUCUUGGACUUCACUGUUGACGACGAUCAAUUGAUCGUUUCUUGGGAAACCGAUAAUCCUACCGUUGCUGCUACUUCGGAAGUUGCAUCGGAACCGUCUCCAAGUCGGGGUUCGGACGGUUCCGUUCGUGUGCGGAAGAGGGACCCGAGGCUGACCUGUUCGAAUUUCUUGGCCGGACGGAUUCCUUGUGCCUGCCCUGAGAUCGAUGAGAAGGAUGAGGAGGAAGCAGCGGUUGGGAAGAAGCGGGCGAGGACGACUCCCGUGGGCACAGCCCGCUGUCAGGUCCCUGGAUGCGAGGCUGAUAUUAGUGAGCUCAAGGGUUAUCAUCGGCGGCAUCGUGUUUGUCUCCGUUGUGCCAAUGCCAGUUCUGUUGUUCUUGAUGGCCAGCCCAAACGAUAUUGCCAACAGUGUGGCAAGUUUCAUGUCUUGUCAGACUUUGAUGAAGGUAAACGGAGUUGUAGAAGAAAACUGGAGCGCCACAACAAGAGACGACGAAGAAAAUCUAUUGAUUUUAGAAGUGCAGUUGAAAAUGAACCUCAGGGGUCUGGGUCUCUGUCACCUGAAGAUACUACUGUUGACACUGAAGCAGGGAAAGAUACUUUAUACUUGAGCAACAAGGUAACAGAGAGUGAAAUAUCAUUGGAGCUUGAGGACGGACAUGUAUCUCCACCUCGUUCAGCUCCAAGUUUGCAAAAUGUUCAAAGUGAUAGUGUAGCAUCGUUUGCUGCUUCUGGUGAAAUCCAUGUGGAUGGAGCAAAAGAGAACUCUAAAUAUGCUAUUUCAUCAUCCUUAUGUGAGAAUAAGAAUGCUUAUUCGUCUGUGUGUCCAACAGGUCGAAUAUCAUUCAAACUUUAUGACUGGAAUCCAGCAGAAUUCCCUAGAAGACUUCGGCACCAAAUAUUCCAGUGGUUGGCCAGCAUGCCAGUUGAAUUGGAGGGGUAUAUUCGUCCUGGAUGUACCAUCUUGACUGUAUUCAUUGCAAUGCCACAGGCCAUGUGGGAUAAGAUAACUGAAGAUGCAACAUCCUAUAUAUAUGACUUUGUUAGUUCACCUGGAAGCAUUUUGUUGGGAAAAGGUGCAAUACAUGUUUAUUUAAACAACUUGAUUUUUCAGGUUCUAAAAAAUGGAACAUCAAUUCUCAACAUCAAAAUGGAGGUGCAAGCACCAAGACUUCAUUAUGUUAGUCCUACUUGUUUUGAAGCUGGCAAACCUAUGGAGUUUGUUGCUUGUGGUAGUAAUCUACACCAACCUAAAUUUCGGUUUCUUGUGUCUUUUGCUGGAAAAUAUCUUGCAUAUGAUUAUUGCAUUUCUCUUCAACAUGAGGAGAUUGAUUGUGUUGCUGCUCACAAUUGUGACCAUCAGAUGUACAAGAUAUAUAUUCCUCAUACUGAGCCAACGCUUUUUGGCCCUGCAUUCAUUGAGGUUGAGAAUGAGUCUGGGAUAUCCAAUUACAUUCCUGUCCUCAUUGGGAACAGAGAAAUAUGUAGUGAAAUGCAGGCAUUGCAACAGAAGUUUGAUGUAUCUUUGUGCUCAGAGAGGCACCAUCUAGAAGUUGCUGAUGCCAUUUCUGGUGAGAGCAAGGUCCUUUUAUUAAGACAAACAGCAAUGUCUGAACUUCUUUUAGAUAUUGCGUGGUUGUUGAAGGAGUCUGAGUUGGGAAAUGUCCAAAGCUUCUCUACUUGUACCCAGAUUCAGAGGUUCAAUUGUUUACUGGAUUUUCUAAUAAAGAAUAAUUCUACCGUUGUCUUGACGAAAGUAAUAGAAUCUCUAAAGGUGUUGAUGGGAUCGGAGUACAACACUAUCAAUGCAACUGAUGAUAGGGUCAGGCUAUUUUGGGAAUAUAUGGAUAGUGCUAGUAAAAUUGUUCACCGGAGAUUUCAGCAUGCCAAGGAUUUACGAACAUUUUCAGGAAGCUCUAUGCCAGAAAAGGAUUCUUUUCCUCAGAGCUAUGACCAAGAUGAUGUGAACUGUAGCAUACAAAGUAACAAUCAGGAUACUGAAACCAGAGGAGAGGAAAUAAUGGGAGUAGUUGGAACCACAAAUUUAAAAGACAGCAGUAUAACUUUGGCUCUGAUAAAUAGAGGAGAUGUUAUGAAUGUGAAGUACCCGCGGAAGCCCUGUGGUUACAUUCUCUCCAACAGGGUGAUCAACUCGCGCCCUCUCAUUUUCAUGGUUGUUGCUGCUGCUAUGUGUUUUGGAAUAUGUGCAGUUCUCUUCCACCCUCAUAAAGUUGGGGAACUUACUGUUACCAUUCGUAGGUGUGUUUGGGGCAUCCCAGGCCUUAGGGACUAAGAAUUGGAGGGUCUCUAUGAUCUCUGUUGAUGUGUAUGUAUAGAGCCAGUGUAAAUUAUACAAAUUGGGCGCAACUACGAGAGGGGCUCUGCUCUUUCAACGAUUUUUGGCUUACAGAUUAUCUUGUGCUGCACAAUGACAGUUGCAAACGGUGGGGAAGGGGAUUAUAUUCUUCCAUCCAAUUAGAUGUUAACUUCUGCAGGCAGCAGGCAAGAGGCAGGUAUUGAUCCAAUUUUAUCGGUGAGUAAUACCUUAGAGCGUUCAGCCAUGUAAUGUAAAUGAGAUUUUUGGUGAUUAGAAUAAUUUGAAGGAUUAGUGUUACUGACUACA